AUGGUGGACAACGUUUUGCCACCAGGAGCAUCUCAAACUCCUUCGCCUAAACCUGAAGAAACAAUGGCACCGCCUAACUCCAUUGCCGUAGUAUAUGCCAGACUUCCAAUACCACCGAUGGCAAGCACCAACAUAGAGGCCUGGUUUACCUCUAUGGAAUUUUGGUUCACCGCUUCGGGCAUUACGGCUGAUAAGCAGAAAACGGCAACUGUGUUAGCAGCUCUCGACCCAAACGUCCUAAGUCAACUGGGCGACGUCAUUGCAGCGCUGCCACAAAACGACAGUUUCGACUACGUUAAGCAAAAAAUAAUCGAGCAUUUUGCCGAUAGCGAACAGCGGCGACUCAACCGGGUACUCUCGGAGCUACCUCUUGGCGACAAGAAGCCGUCCGAGCUUUUCUUCGAGAUGAGGCGCGUCGCAGGCAAUACUCUUGGUGAUGCUGCUCUCAAAAGCCUCUGGAUUAAGCGUUUACCAGAGUUCGCGCAGCCAGUAGUAGCAGCUUCGUCUGGCUCAGCCGCGGAGUACACGAAGAUAGCCUACACCAUAAUAGACGCCAUCGCACCUCAGCAGCUCAAUCGCGUUAAGUCAACACCCUCCAGCGAGAUUCAUGAAUUACGCGCUGUUGUUAUGGAACUUGGCAAAAAAUUCGACAAGCUCACAACUCGCUCACGCUCCCAAAGUCGUAGGCGAACAAACAUACGACAGAAUUCAAACGCUCGCGACAGCUCUAAAGGGGUUACAUCAUCGCGAGAAUCAUCUUCAGUCCGGGACUGUUGGUAUCAUCUAAAAUACGGCCGAGAUGCUAAGAAAUGCCGCAGUCCUUGCCGCCAGAGCAAACGUGCUCUUCGAGCGGUAUCGUCCGAACCAUCAUGA